AGGAACGAUAGAAGGGUGAUUCUACAUUGAAUUCCUUCUUACAGCAUAGCCAACGGGAGCUCUCCGAGCGGAAUAUUUUUGAGCGAAUCCCGAAAGUUCAACGACUGCCCAGAUUCCUCUUCUCCGAUUGUAAUUUUACAGUUGCUUUCGAUCGACCAGAUCACUUCCAUAAAGCAGCCCACCAUAAACACCACCCGAAAGAGAGAGAGAGCGCGAGGCCUCCCCCCCAAAAGCGGACGAUUAAGAGAGAUAAGAAGGAGAACAAAUAAACAACUUAAAGAAAAAAGAGGAAGCUUGAGAGAGAAAAGAAAAGAAGAAAAAAAUGUCCUUCUUCCGCAUCACUCUGCACCGCUCCGCCAUCGGCCUCCCCGAGCGCACGCGGGGCGUCCUCCAGGCGCUCGGCCUGCGGCGGCGCAUGCAGACCGUGUUUCACCCGGCGGAGCCGCAGUUUGCGGGCAUGAUUAUGAAGGUCAAGGAGCUGGUGCGCGUGCAGGAGGUGGAGAGGAGGUUGAGCAAGGCGGAGGUCAAGGCGGAGAGGACGCCGGAGAGGGGGUUUUAUGUUGAGAGGGCGGUGAAAAGGAUGUGA